ACAUUGAUUUUUGACAUCCCGCAUAUAAGAAUUUCAUUCUCUUCACUUUAUUCCUCUCUCUCUCUCUCUAUAAAAGCUCCCCUUCCGUUCCUCUCAUUAAUUAAAUAAAUAGAAUUACAAGGAAAUCAUCUUCCUUUAAAUCCCUUCCACACGCAGGAGUCCGUAUAUAUAUAUAAGUUGCAGAAGUCUCUCAGCUCUUUUCUCUACUAGAAUCGUGAAAUCUAACCUUUUCCGAUCAAAAUUCAUCACAUGAAGAAAGAAGGUAUCGUAGAGGAAGCGUGUGUGUGCAAAGAAGACACACAUUUCACGGUGAUGAAAACCUCCGUUUUCUUCGCCGGCGACGGCUUCACCGCCUUCGACUCCAAAGGCGAACUCAUUUUCCGAGUCGACAACUACGACGGCGGCGACUCCUGCGAGAUGGUUCUCAUGGACCGCGCCGGCCGUUGCAUCCUCACCGUCCGCCGCAAGCGACCGAGCCUGCACCAGCGGUGGGAAGGGUUCGUGGGGGAGGGGAGGGAAGAUAAAGCAUUGUUCAGCGUGCGGCGGUCGUCGAUGAUCGCGAGGCCGACGGGGAUGACGGUGGAUGUGUACAGCGAUCCCGGCGAGGAGUAUCUGAUCGAGGGGUCGUUCGCGUGCCGGACAUGCACGGUGCUGAACGCGGAGAGGCAGGUGGUGGCGGAGAUUCGCCGGAAAGUGGACAUCUACGCGAAUCUGGUGCUGAGCAAAGACGUUUUUCUGCUCUCGGUGAAGCGGGGUUUUGAUAGCGCUUUUGCGAUGGGAUUGAUCCUUAUUCUGGAUCAGAUCCAUUGGGUGGGCUUUGAUUUUGAAUCGGACGGUGUAGAUGGCGCGGACCCCAUCCAGAAGUCAACAUUUCUACCCCAAAUCCCUCGCUCCUUCUCUCUCUAAGCUUUUUGUGGUGGUUGUAAGGUCGAUUUGUGUAAUAAAGGUUAUGAGUGAGAGUAAUUGAGUCUGCCAGAGCCAGAGUGGCCUUCCAUUACUUGUCAA